ACACACAGAUAAAGUUGACUCCAGCAUUGCCAGCAGUUACUACUCUUUGCUGGUCCACUACCCAGUCAGAUAUGUGGCUUCUUACUUCUACACAUUGAUGGUGAGAUAAAUACUGAUGUAAUGUAAGUUAAUGGAUGCUGAGAUAAACACUGGUGAACUGUAAGUUACAUGGAUGGUGAGAACAACAAAAGUGUAAUAUUUGCCUAGCAGACGAUUUUAUCCCUUCUAAAUGACUGAAAAUCAUUCUCAUUUUCAGCCAUCAUAACUGAUAUUUUCCACGUGCUGGAACUGUAAAUUAUAUACAUAUAUAUAUAUAUAUAUAUAUAUACACUAAAUCUAAGAUAUUAUAAACUGACAAGAAUUUUUAUACUUCUUAAUUUAAUAUGAGCAGCCAUUAGGUUCCAUUCUCUCCCCUGUCCUGUAUACAUUAUAUACCAAUGAUAUCCAGAGCCUAAGCAACACAGGUCCAAUCAUUAAAUUUGCUGAUGAUACCACCUUCCUUGGCUAAAUAUCUGAAGGGAAAUUUUAUACCCCAACUUAGAUACAAGUUUUAUCCGCAGGUAUGACGAAAAGUUUCUUUAGAUGACAGUCUCAUUUACAGUAGUGGACUCACCAAAUUGCAGAUCUAACAAUAAAAAAUCCCAGUAUAGAGCAAGUAGAGACAUAUAAGUACUUAGAUGUCACCAUAUAGAGCAAGUAGAAACCUAUAAGUACCUAGGUGUAUCCAUACAGAUCAAGAAGAGACAUAUAAGUACCUAGGUGUCACCAGUGAUAUUAAAUGUAACGUAGCAUAACCAAGUCCUAAUUCUAAAUAAAAAAGUUAAUGCUCUUAAAAAAUUUCAGAAUUUUGGAGUUAAUAAACAAAUAAUUAGCAUGUUCUCCAGUGCAACAAUUGGAAGCCUGCUAAACUUGUAUUACCCGCUGGUGUGGGAAUUCAUGGUUUCUCAUCAAACACAGAUUAAAUAGACUUAUCAAGAGAGCAAGUUCUAUCACUCAAACAAAACUACCUUCACUUGAAGAACUAUUAGAAGCAAUGUGGAUUUGUAAAAGCGAAAAAAUAUCUUAUUAGAUACAUCCCACCCUCUUCAUCACAGAUAGCCUACCUAAAAUUCAUUUGUUCCCCCAAUCUAACAGAAUUUACCAGCGUCCUGCCCCGGCUGUUAUAAAAUCUAAAUGAUCAUUCUUAAAGUCAAUAUUGUCACUAAUUUAGUGAGUUCCAUGGCACAUAAUGGACUGAUUUUUGCGCUUGAGAAAUACUUUAAAUGUGUUAAAUUUUUCUAGUUUAAAAUGGUUUUUCUUUUUAAGAAUAUUAUCUGUGUGCUGAAAAUGAAUGUGCACAUUUUUAUAAAACAAACAUUUCCAAUUAUUUGUAUCAAUAAAAGAAACUUAUGUUAAUAAGUUAUAGUGUGCCAGACAUUCAAGACACCAUAAACUGGACCACUGUCCAUUUGCUGAAGCUGAGCCAAUAAUAAUAAAAUUGUUGAACUUCUUGUUUUGUUUCUGCCAUUGCAUGCUCUAAGUCUCUUCAAGUUUGCUUUUUUAAAACUGAUUCUUGCAACUGAAUCAAAACAUUUCUUAAAUUUACGUUUUUGGGAAGAUGUAUUUCAGGAUUGUAUAUAACAGGAUGAAUACAUAAUAACGCUUUGGAAUAAGUGGGCCUACAUUUUUCAAUUAUUUUAGGUAGGUGCUGGCGCCAGUGCCAUGGUUUGACUGGCGCCAGUGCCAUGGUUUGACUGGGGCCAGUGCCAUGGUUUGACUGGGGCCAGUGCCAUGGUUUGACUGGGGCCAGUGCCAUGGUUUGACUGGGGCCAGUGCCAUGGUUUGACUGGCGCCAGUGCCAUGGUUUGACUGGAGCCAGUGCCAUGGUUUGACUGGCACCAGUGCCAUGGUUUGACUGGGGCCAGUGCCAUGGUUUGACUGGCGCCAGUGCCAUGGUUUGACUGGGGCCAGUGCCAUGGUUUGACUGGCGCCAGUGCCAUGGUUUGACUGGGGCCAGUGCCAUGGUUUGACUGGGGCCAGUGCCAUGGUUUGACUGGCACCAGUGCCAUGGUUUGACUGGGGCCAGUGCCAUGGUUUGACUGGGGCCAGUGCCAUGGUUUGACUGGGGCCAGUGCCAUGGUUUGACUGGGGCCAGUGCCAUGGUUUGACUGGGGCCAGUGCCAUGGUUUGACUGGCGCCAGUGCCAUGGUUUGACUGGGGCCAGUGCCAUGGUUUGACUGGCGCCAGUGCCAUGGUUUGACUGGGGCCAGUGCCAUGGUUUGACUGGCGCCAGUGCCAUGGUUUGACUGGGGCCAGUGCCAUGGUUUGACUGGGGCCAGUGCCAUGGUUUGACUGGGGCCAGUGCCAUGGUUUGACUGGGGCCAGUGCCAUGGUUUGACUGGCGCCAGUGCCAUGGUUUGACUGGGGCCAGUGCCAUGGUUUGACUGGCGCCAGUGCCAUGGUUUGACUGGGGCCAGUGCCAUGGUUUGACUGGCGCCAGUGCCAUGGUUUGACUGGGGCCAGUGCCAUGGUUUGACUGGCGCCAGUGCCAUGGUUUGACUGGGGCCAGUGCCAUGGUUUGACUGGCGCCAGUGCCAUGGUUUGACUGGGGCCAGUGCCAUGGUUUGACUGGCGCCAGUGCCAUGGUUUGACUGGGGCCAGUGCCAUGGUUUGACUGGCGCCAGUGCCAUGGUUUGACUGGGGCCAGUGCCAUGGUUUGACUGGCGCCAGUGCCAUGGUUUGACUGGGGCCAGUGCCAUGGUUUGACUGGCGCCAGUGCCAUGGUUUGACUGGGGCCAGUGCCAUGGUUUGACUGGCGCCAGUGCCAUGGUUUGACUGGGGCCAGUGCCAUGGUUUGACUGGCGCCAGUGCCAUGGUUUGACUGGGGCCAGUGCCAUGGUUUGACUGGGGCCAGUGCCAUGGUUUGACUGGCGCCAGUGUCAUGGUUUGACUGGGGCCAGUGCCAUGGUUCGACUGGCACCUGUGCCAUGGUUUGACUGGGGCCAGUGCCAUGGUUUGACUGGGGCCAGUGCCAUGGUUCGACUGGCACCAGUGCCAUGGUUCGACUUGGGCCAGUGCCAUGGUUUGACUGGGGCCAGUGCCAUGGUUUGACUGGGGCCAGUACCAUGGUUCAACUGGCACCAGUGCCAUGGUUCGAUUGGCACCGAGCAGGAGGUAUCUGAAGUAGUCUUUAAAACAAAUGUGGCUGUCAUUAAUUACUUGUAAGUAUCAAUAGUGUGGAUUCCAUUUUUAGAAGAAUAAUAUUUUAAAAAAUUAUUGCAGAAAAAUCCUAUGGAUGCCGCCAUUACAGCAAUCAAGUAUCCUCAGUGAGUGUGAAAGUUGAUUAUAAAUGCGCUAUAGCAUCGAUCAAGUAUCCACAAACUCCAGCCCACAGAGCUGUCAACUGGUCGAUGAUAUGUCUUCAUCUGGCCAGUGGCAACUAUUCAAAGAUAAACUUUUCUCUUUACUUUAUAUCAAAGCUCUCUCUUUACUUUAUAUCAAAGCUCUCUCUUUACUUUAUAUCAAUGCUCUCUCUUUACUUUAUAUCAAAGCUCUCUCUUUACUUUAUAUCAAAGCUCUCUCUUUACUUUAUAUCAAAGUUCUCUCUUUACUUUAUAUCAAAUCUCUCUCUUUACUUUAUAUCAAAGCUCUCUCUUUACUUUAUAUCAAAGCUCUCUCUUUACUUUAUAUCAAAGCUCUCUCUUUACUUUAUAUCAAAGCUCUCUAUUUACUUUAUAUCAAAGCUCUCUCUUUACUUUAUAUCAAAGCUCUCUCUUUACUUUAUAUCAAAGCUCUCUCUUUACUUUAUAUCAAAGCUCUCUCUUUACUUUAUAUCAAAGCUCUCUCUUUACUUUAUAUCAAAGCUCUCUCUUUACUUUAUAUCAAAGCUCUCUCUUUACUUUAUAUCAAAGCUCUCUCUUUACUUUAUAUCAAAGCUCUCUCUUUACUUUAUAUCAAAGCUCUCUCUUUACUUUAUAUCAAAGCUCUCUCUUUACUUUAUAUCAAAGCUCUCUCUUUACUUUAUAUCAAAGCUCUCUCUUUACUUUAUAUCAAAGCUCUCUCUUUACUUUAUAUCAAAGCUCUCUCUUUACUUUAUAUCAAAGCUCUCUCUUUACUUUAUAUCAAAGCUCUCUCUUUACUUUAUAUCAAAGCUCUCUCUUUACUUUAUAUCAAAGCUCUCUCUUUACUUUAUAUCAAAGCUCUCUCUUUACUUUAUAUCAAAGCUCUCUCUUUACUUUAUAUCAAAGCUCUCUCUUUACUUUAUAUCAAAGCUCUCUCUUUACUUUAUAUCAAAGCUCUCUCUUUACUUUAUAUCAAAGCUCUCUCUUUACUUUAUAUCAAAGCUCUCUCUUUACUUUAUAUCAAAGCUCUCUCUUUACUUUAUAUCAAAGCUCUCUCUUUACUUUAUAUCAAAGCUCUCUCUUUACUUUAUAUCAAAGCUCUCUCUUUACUUUAUAUCAAAGCUCUCUCUUUACUUUAUAUCAAAGCUCUCUCUUUACUUUAUAUCAAAGCUCUCUCUUUACUUUAUAUCAAAGCUCUCUCUUUACUUUAUAUCAAAGCUCUCUCUUUACUUUAUAUCAAAGCUAUCUCUUUACUUUAUAUCAAAGCUCUCUCUUUACUUUAUAUCAAAGCUCUCUCUUUACUUUAUAUCAAAGCUCUCUCUUUACUUUAUAUCAAAGCUCUCUCUUUACUUUAUAUCAAAGCUCUCUCUUUACUUUAUAUCAAAGCUCUCUCUCUUUACUUUAUAUCAAAGCUCUCUCUUUACUUUAUAUCAAAGCUCUCUCUUUACUUUAUAUCAAAGCUCUCUCUUUACUUUAUAUCAAAGCUAUCUCUUUACUUUAUAUCAAAGCUCUCUCUCUUUACUCUAUAUCAAAGCUCUCUCUUUACUUUAUAUCAAAGCUCUCUCUUUACUUUAUAUCAAAGCUCUCUCUCUUUACUUUAUAUCAAAGCUCUCUCUCUUUACUUUAUAUCAAAGCUCUCUCUCUUUACUUUAUAUCAAAGCUCUCUCUUUACUUUAUAUCAAAGCUCUCUCUUUACUUUAUAUCAAAGCUCUCUCUUUACUUUAUAUCAAAGCUCUCUCUUUACUUUAUAUCAAAGCUCUCUCUUUACUUGAACAAAUUCAUUUCAAAGGAAGCACCAAACUGCCAUAUUGAACCAAUUUAGACUUUUAAAAAAACAAAAUGUCCUCACAAAACCUGCUCCUUUGCUGCUCGCUCUGGUGCGACAACCUGUCCUGUGAACCCGCACUUAUGAAAAAAAAAACAAAGUUUCCACUCCUGGGCUUCUGAACCAAACCUUGUGGAAAGAACUCCAUAUGUCCACAUCCGUGCCUUCGAACAGCACCCAAGGAAAGAACACCCCCAUACGUCUACCCCUAUGUUUGUUAACAAGCACUUGUGGAAAGAAUACCCCAUAUGCCCACUCUAAGCCUGCCAACAAGCACUUGUAGAAAGAACACCCCAAAAUUAUCGUGCAAACUUGAUAUGUUUUAUUCCAAUGCUGCAUAGAUAAGCUUGGGGUGAUGAAAUACUUCAUGUUAAAACAAUGUGGAAAAUAACAAGAAGUAAUUAAAUGUUAAAAUAUACUGACAAUUUGGUUCAGAGAUUUAUUCCCCUAUAAUUCUGUUUAGGAGUGUCUUUGACUGGUGGAAGUUGAUGGAAAAUAUCAGAGUAAGUUUAGCAUAAUUUAAAAUAAUAGAAAGUUUCUAAGGAAAAUAUCAUUUCAAAUUUUUUAAAAAAUGCUGUUCGUCUCAAAUUUUUAAAACACAUUUAAAAAUAUUAAUAUGUAGUCACAUUAAAAAAAUACGAGUUAUUAUUGGAUUAUUAUCAAGUGCCUGUAUACAUAAAAUAUUUAAUUUAUUUCCGAUUUAUCUGUUGUUAAAAAAUAAUAAAGGGAAAAUUCUUUCAAGUUGUUAAGUUAAGAAAUUAAGGAACUCACUUUAGUGAAAGACAUCACAAACAUGGUGGCCAACAUCACUGACAUGUCAGCUAACAUCACUGACAUGUCAGCUAAUAUCACUGACAUGUCAGCUAACAUCACUCAUGUCAGCCAUCAGCAAACAAAUGAUGAAAAUUGACCUGAUCAAUAAAAUGAAUUUAGUUCAUUUAAAAGGACGGGCUGUUUGGUUUUUUUAGGCCGAGGACUAACUGAGAAUUGAUAAUAAUCUCAGAGCGCUGGUACUGCUGAUGUUUCCAUUACAGCUAUUGUAUCUUCCACCAACACAUUCAGUUGGCUUUAAAGAACAGUACAGUUUCCAGACACUUCAUUUUGUUUUGUAUCAAAAUCACAUUCUCCCCCCUCCAUUUGUUGACAUGAACUCCAGCUGUGCUUGCUCUUCAUCGUCUGCUUUACCCACAGUUACACUCAGAUUUAUUUCAUGAACGUUCUCUCUUUAUAUCUUAAACUCAUGUGUUUAUACAAAUGUACAACAUGGGCAGGCAUUUAAGCACACAUUUGUUCCACAAUUUAUAUAACAUAUGUAAGCAAUUAAGUACACAUUUGUUCCACAAUUUAUAUAACAUGUAAGCACUUAAGUACACAUGUGUUCCACAAUUUAUAUAACAUAUGUAAGCACUUAAGUACACAUUUUUAACACAAUAUAUAUGUAUGCAACAUAUGCAGGCACUUAAGUACACGUGUCCCACAAAAUAUAUGUAUACAACUAGGUAGGAAAAUAUGUCUUAAUUACACAUUUGUUCUACCAUUUUAUACGUUUACAAUAUAUGUAGGCACUAAAGUAUACAUUUGCUCUCAAAUGAUUUUAUAUGUAUACAACAUAUGUAGGCGCUAAAGUACACAUUUGUCCAAAAAUGGAGAAAUGAAGACAUAGACGUUCUUCUGUGUCCAGUGCUUCCAUUUACUGCGCUCAAAUUGGGACAGGAACACCAUUUUACAGGUGAGAUUCGUCAAUUGAACAUCAUUUUACAGGUGAGAUCCGUCAAUUGAACACCAUUUUACAGGUGAGAUUCAUCAAUUGAACAUCAUUUUACAGGUGAGAUUCGUCAAUUGAACACCAUUUUACAGGUGAUAUUCGUCAAUUGAACACCAUUUUACAGGUGAGAUUCGUCAAUUGAACAUCAUUUUACAGGUGAGAUCCGUCAAUUGAACACCAUUUUACAGGUGAGAUUCAUCAAUUGAACACCAUUUUACAGGUGAGAUUCGUCAAUUGAACACCAUUUUACAGGUGAGAUUCAUUAAUUGAACACCAUUUUACAGGUGAGAUUCGUCAAUUGAACAUCAUUUUACAGGUGAGAUUCAUCAAUUGAACAUCAUUUUACAGGUGAGAUUCGUCAAUUAAACAUCAUUUUACAGGUGAGAUUGAACAAAUAUGGAUAAAUAUUGUAACUUCAGGCUGUCAGAUAUAUUAGUUACUGUCACAGGAAUUAUUUAGUGUCGCAGGGAUUAGUUAUUGUAGUAGAGAUUGGUACAGUUACUGUCACAGGGAUUAGUUACUGUAGUAGAGAUUGGUACAGUUACUGUCACAAGGAUUAGUUAUUGUAGUAGGGAUUGUUACAGUUACUGUCACAGGGAUUAGUUACUGUAUAAGGAUUGGUACAGUUACUGUUACAGGGAUUAGUUACUGUAGUAGAGAUUGGUACAGUUACUGUCACAGGGAUUAGUUAUUGUAGUAGUUAUUGGUACAGUUACUGUCACAGGGAUUAGUUACUGUAUAAGGAUUGGUACAGUUACUGUUACAGGGAUUAGUUACUGUAGUAGAGAUUGGUACAGUUACUGUCACAGGGAUUAGUUAUUGUAGUAGUUAUUGGUACAGUUACUGUCACAGGGAUUAGUUACUGCAGUAGGGAUUGUUACAGUUACAGUCACAGUGAUUAGUUACUGUAACAGGGAUUUGUACAGUUACGGUCACAGUGAUUAGUUACUGUAACAGGGAUUUGUACAGUUACGGUCACAGUGAUUAGUUACUGUAACAGGGAUUUGUACAGUUACGGUCACAGGGUAUGGUUAAAGUUUUGUCACCAGAACAUUUUGAUGAAUUUUCUUUUAAAACAUCUAGGUUAUUUAACAUACCAAGUCACAUCUAGGUUGUUUAAUGUACACAGUGCUACUAUUCAAUCACAUCUAGGUUGUUUAAUGUGCACAGUGCUACUAUUCAAUCACAUCUAGGUUGUUUAAUGUACACAGUGCUACUAUUCAAUCACGUCUAGGUUGUUUAAUGUACACAGUGCUACUAUUCAAUCACAUCUAGGCUGUUUAAUGUACACAUUGCUACUAUUCAAUCGCAUCUAGGUUGUCUAAUGUACACAGUGCUACUAUUCAAUCACAUCUAGGCUGUUUAAUGUACACAUUACUACUAUUCAAUCGCAUCUAGGUUGUCUAAUGUACACAGUGCUACUAUUCAAUCACAUCUAGGCUGUUUAAUGUACACAUUACUACUAUUCAAUCGCAUCUAGGUUGUCUAAUGUACACAUUACUACUAUUCAAUCGCAUCUAGGUUGUCUAAUGUACACAGUACUACUAUUCAAUCACAUCUAGGUUGUCUAACAUACACAGUACUAUUCAAUCUCUUGGACUUCCCAGCUGGCACUAUCCCUAUCUGCAAUGUAGAGAAAGGGGAUCUGGAUG